AUGCAACAAAUACAACCAUUAAAUAGUAAACGUGAAAGAAUAAUUAACAUAGUAGAGAUUAUGAAGAAGGAUAAAGAAUACGAUCUUCUACCAAAGGAGGAAGAAGAAAAAGAAGAACAAGUUAAAAUGAAACCAGGAGAAUACCAGAGAUUUCUAAAGUAUCAGCAAAAGAAGAGUUCCAAACAAGUUGGCAUGUUCAAGAUUAUUAUGUGGUGUGUGGUUGGAGCAAAUGUCUUUAUACUUUUGUGUCUUGCAAUGGUUUGCUUUAAUGUAUCGGCACAGGGCUAUAUCGUCGAAAAGUUUAAGGUCUCUCAAAACCUUUACCAUCGAGUAUGUGAAGGAACCUUUUUAGAGUAUCAAAAGACAUGUGUCCAUCAUGUCAACAAUUUCAAGUCACACUGUCUUGGCAUUGAUGCGAAUCUAAAUGUUUUCCCAAAAAUCACCAAUAAUGACACUGCCUCUAUUAAACGUUUGUACCCAGAUGGAAAGUAUAAAGAUGAAGAUAUUACCCAUUACUUUUUGGGAAUGCCACAACUGCUCGGUGCUUCCAAGCAAUGCGUUUAUCAAUCCAGUCUCUCUGUCCUUUACCUCUCAAAUUAUACACCAACCAACGGGUUUACAAUGGAUCAAGCAGCUCGAUCUUACAAACAAGAUCAAAAAGAUCUUUUAUUUUUAAGUGAAUAA